AUGCCGCUCAUCGAUGUGGGUACCAUGCCCGAUACGAAGGAGCUAUGGAAGCCCUCGUCUCCGGAGUCGACCCUCAUCUUUGAUUUCAUGACCAAGGUGAAUAAAAGACAUGGUCUUACCAUGAAAAGCUAUGACUCUCUGUGGAAAUGGAGUGUUUCGGAGCCUGCCAAGUUCUGGGAAGAAAUCUGGCAAUAUACACACAUCCAGGCCCACAAGCCUUACACGAGCGUCUUGAAACCCACAGAGCAAAUGUUUCCGAGGCCAGCAUUCUUCGAGGGAAGUACCCUCAAUUUCGCUGAAAAUCUUCUAUACCCGGCCUGUGCACCGAGUGAAGAUUCUAUUGCCAUUAUUGGGGCUACAGAAGCGAGCCGUGAAUUCAUCUCAUGGAAGGAGCUCCGCGAACGUGUUCGUCGAUGUGCCAACGCACUUAAAGAGGCGGGCCUAAGAUCGGGCGACCGGGUGGCGGGUUUUGUGGGCAACCACGCAAACACCGUUGUCGUGAUGCUUGCUUCGACCUCGAUAGGCGCGUUCUGGACCGGCGUCUCUCCCGACACAGGUGUUCAUGCUGUUCUUGAGCGUCUCAGACAGAUCGAGCCCAAGGUUCUCUUUGCAGACAACGCUUCGCUUUACAAUGGCAAGAUCCAUGGAUCUUAUGCCAAGGUCAGCGAAAUUGCCUCCGAGUUGCCACAUCUGGAGCUUCUAGUAGUGUUUGAGAUUGCGAAAUCCGUCGACUUCGACCUUCACGGGGUCAGUCCGACAAAUGGUAAAGCUGUCACUUUUGAGUCAUUUAAGAACGCCGUCCACAACGAGAGUGCGCCACUUGAGUUUGCAAGUCUCGAGCCGGAGCACCCGGUGUACAUUCUUUACUCCUCAGGUACGACGGGUGCUCCGAAGCCAAUCGUGCAUGGCGCUCUGGGAACACUUCUCCAACACAAGAAGGAACAUCUUCUCCACUGCGAUAUUCGACCAGGUGAUCGACUCUUUUACUUUACCACCACCACUUGGAUGAUGUGGCACUGGCUGGUCUCAGCAUUGGCCAGCGGCGCCACCAUUGUGCUCUACGAUGGUUCCCCAUUCCGACCGUUCGACAUUGAGGGUGGCAGUGGAGAAAUGGCAAUGCCUCGACUCAUCGAUGAACUGAAGAUCACCCAUUUCGGGACCUCAGCCAAGUAUCUGUCAAUGCUUGAGCAAGCGGCUUUGAACCCGCGCAAGCAUGCCCACCGCCCUGUCACACUCGACACACUGAGAGCUAUUUUCAGCACAGGAUCACCCUUGGCCCCAUCAACAUUCGAAUACAUUUACAAGUCCAUCCAUCCCGACAUCAUGUUGGGUUCCAUCACAGGUGGAACGGACAUCUUGUCAUUGUUUGCCUCCGGGUGCCCCAUGCUUCCAGUACACAAGGGCGAAAUCCAAUGCCGAUCCCUCGGCAUGGCCGUCUCAGUCUUUGAUUACGCUGGAAACGACAUCAGCGACUCUGGCGAGGCUGGGGAUCUCGUCUGUACAACACCAUUCCCGGCGCAGCCGGUCAUGUUCUGGCCUCCUGGACCCACUGGCAUGGAGAAAUACCGAAAGAGUUACUUCGAUGUCUUUGGCCCGUCGAUCUGGCACCAUGGAGAUUUUGUCCGAUUGAAUCCUCAGACAAGAGGCAUUGUCAUGCUAGGCCGCAGUGACGGGGUCCUCAAGCCAUCUGGGGUGCGUUUUGGAAGUGCCGAGAUUUAUAAUGUCCUGUUGAAACACUUCGCCGAUGAGGUUGAGGACUCUCUGUGCAUUGGCCGCAGGCGGGAUGGGAUUGACACCGAUGAGACGGUUGUUCUCUUCGUGAAAUUAGCCUCUGGAUGUCCCACCGAUUUGGAAGCUCUUUCAACCCGGAUUCAGGCCAUGAUCCGCAAAGAACUCAGUGCGCGUCACGUCCCGGGUGUCAUUGAUAUCUGCCCCGAGAUACCCGUUACUUCGAAUGGCAAAAAGGUCGAGAAUGCGGUCAAGCAAAUUCUCUGUGGAUUGAACAUCAAAAUUGGUGCUAGUGUUGCAAAUGCGGGUUGUUUGGACUGGUAUCGCAACUGGGCGUUGGAGCAUCCCUAG